AUGCCAAGGCAGAUUGAUCCUAUAGUGGUUGUUCAUGGACUUGGGGCCACACCAAUGACGACCUGGACCAAAGCACGGAAACCACAAGAACAUAUCGAUCGUAAUACCGAAUCUGGCAUUGCACCCCCUUCUGUUCCGACGAAUAAAUCCGAGGAUCGCGUUAAUUGGUUAAGCGAUCCAACAAUGCUUCCAGCAGAUAUCACCAAUGCCCGAAUAAUGGCUGUGAACGAUAUGGCCUACUACUCGAUCACUACCAACUCAAUAAGUUUUCCGAUCCUAAGGAUGGAAAUUGGAGAGAACUUUCUGGUGUCAUCACCAAUCUUUGUGAUAAUCCACAUCAAGAACUAG